UAACUGUUAAACAUUUCUCUUUUUAGUUUAAACAAAGCAAUUCUUGGCUCAACAAAUGGAACAGAGUUUUCAUCCUCUACGUUCUCGAGAGGUCGAAAUUCGUCAACACUUGGGACGAAUUUGACCGACUCGGACGAUUUUUCAGUGCAGAGUUUUAAACCCAAGGUUGAUCGAUCUUUAAAACAAGUUGCUGAAGCAGUGUAUUCCAGAGUCAAGCCUGGUCUCGAUAUGGCUGGUCUGCUGGAGGUUGAAGGAGAACUAGCUGAGCUGAGUGUGAGUAGGACUAAGGAUAAUCUGGAGAAGGAACUUGAGUGGACUAAACUCUGUAAAACAAGAGAGGAUGCAUCAAACGAGGAGAUGAAAGCGGCGCUCAACCAACAAGCCGAAAGAUUGUUCGAGGAGAUUGAGGAGUUGACUGCAAAGAACCUGGAGAAGGACAAGCGUGAGAUGGAACUAGUUCAAGAAAUAGAUAAACUUAGAUUGCGUCUGAAGAAGGAAUCUGAAAAGGAGAUGAUCGGAGAGGCAAGAAGGCUGGAAGAAAGAAGAAAGGAAGAAGAGAACAGAAGAAGAAUGCGCUUUAAAGAAGAGGAAGCGGCCAAACUAAAGAGAGAAGUGGAAGAGAAGAGAAGAAUAAGGAAGAAAGCAGCUGCGGAGCAAAGAAGAAGAGAUGAGGAGAAGGGAAUGGAAGAGGAGAGAAGAAGGGAAGAGGCUAGAAACAGAAGAAGGCAGGAGGAGAAGGAGUAUAGAGAGAAGUUAAAAGAUGAGGGCUCUAGUUCUAACAGUGGUAUGCGUCGGUCCUACUCAAGUCCUAAUAUUGCCCGGAUGUUGGAGAAAGGACCGAACGAGGAUAAAAGUCCAGGGAUCUCUACGCCCAAGUUUCCGAAGUUUGACCGAGCGCAGAAGCCGAGUGAUAUUGUCAAGCGGGAUUUCGCCGGAGUUUGGGGAACUACAACUAAACCAGGACUUACGGGACUUAGGAACCUCGGGAAUACCUGCUAUAUGAACAGCAUAUUGCAGUGUGUGUCCCACACUCUCCCACUCUCCCAAUAUUUUGAAUCUGGGCGCUACCAGGAGGACGUUAAUAAAUACAGCGAGACAAGAGGAUUGGUUGCAUACGAGUUUGCUGCCCUGAUGCAGUCCCUGUGGUCCAACCAGUUCAAGUUUAUCAGUCCGGCGGACAUCAAGGAGGCAGUGGGCAGGAUUAAGGUGGAGUUUGCCGGCCGGGACCAACAGGAUUCUCAUGAGUUUGCCUGUAAACUUCUUGAAUGGCUUCAUGAAGACACGAAUAGAGUUCAGCGUCCCUCUAAGAUGCCGGAAAUAGAUAACACCACUAUUCCAGAGGCAGAGGCUUGCCGAAAAUUCUGGAAAGCUUUCCUUGAUCGUAAUCAGAGUAUUAUAGUACAGUUGUUCUACGGUCUUACGAAGCAGACUACCCAGUGUCUAAACUGUCGAGCCAAGAGUAUCAAAUUUCAGGAGUUCUACAAUCUUAACUUAUUCAUACCUAAUGGUAACUCUAAGAGUAGUUUGCGAGACUGUUUAGCCCGGUUUGUUCAGGAGAACAGGAUAGACUAUACUUGUGAGAAGUGCAGGAAAUCCGAUGGAGCUGUACAAAAAAUGGAUAUUGUUAAACUUCCUCCUUUUCUUAUUAUUCAUCUAGAGCGCUUUUAUCCUGAUGAAGAGAUAUUCAGGUCGGGGGAGCAAAAAUAUAGGAAAAAACAGAACUUCGUCAAUUUCCAGCUUUCAGAUCUUAAUCUAGGUGAUUUUGUUUCUGGCACAGAGAAUUCUUAUUCGAACUUCAAUCUGUAUGCGGUCUCUAAUCAUUUUGGAAGCCUUGAAGGAGGGCACUAUACAGCCGUGUGUUACAGUAAACACAUGAAACGGUGGUACAAAUACGAUGAUCAAGAUGUGACGUCUAUAAGUGAAGGAUCAGUACAGUCCUCUGCCGCGUAUAUUCUUUUCUACUCUGCUACGAACGCCAGCAAUUCUCUUCUCCCUUUAGGCUAAGAUGGUUGAGUAGAACAAGAGCUGGACAAUGUAUUUCCAAGAAAUCAACCAGGAAAUCAUUACUUUUUUUGCUUUCCGUUUUAUUCUUCUUAUUAUCCUUUGCUUCCUGUUUUAUUUUCUUAUCAUCCUUUACUUACUCUUCUGCCUACUCUGGAAUAUGUUCUACUAAAGCCCAUUCUCAUCAUAAACUUUGAUUGAAUUAUAGCAAUAUAUUUAUAGGUUAAUAUAAUUCUAGGAUUUUCUAUUGCAAUCCUUACUAUAAAGGAUUGCUUUAUAAACGCACGUUGGGUUUAAAACUAAUUUCUGGUUAUAAACUUACAGCCCCCCAUCCCCCACCAUUUUUUGUUUGUUUUUUAACAACUACAAUUUAGCAUCGAAUAAAAACGUCGAUUUUUUUUGGUUUCUCGUCUAAUUUUUCAAUAUAUUGAAAGGGGAAUAAUUUGAACUCGACGCCGCGAGGAGAAACGUUUUCUGUUCGCCUAGCCUUGUCUAAUCUUGGAGAGUAGAAACUUAGAAUUAUAUUGACUUCUGAACUGAAUUUGAUUCGUGCUUAUAAUCUGUUCAAAUUAUAUUAAUUAUGUUAAAACACACGAAGCAUUCCUUGUAAACAACUCGAAUUCUUGCAUGCAAAUUAUGUAGUAAAGAUAACGAUGUAAUUAUUAAUAUUAAUUUUAUAUUUAUUAUAUUUCGAUAAAAAAAUUGUGAUAUUUUUACAAAUUGGAUGUACAUUUAAUAAAGAAGUUAUGAUCAGAA